AGUGCAGUGUUCUAUUUUUAAAAAUUCUUAUUCAUUUAAAAAAAAACUUUAACACGUUCUUUUGUUUCUGUAAAGUUUAAGACAAAAUGGUGAACCCUAGUUUGAUGUACGAAAUUCUGCUAUACAUAAAUUCGUUUUAUUUUGGUCUAUUUGCAACAUGUGAGCUCGGUACGAUGAUAUUGAAAAGCGUGUUACUUGGCGCAAAAUAUAAUGAGAGAGAUCUCAUACAGGAUUACGGGGUGUUAAUCGGAUUAUUUAUUGCUGAAGCAGUGAGGCUCAUUCUUGGACGAAGAGGCAGUUUGAAGGAAAAAGACGUCCCAGUAUUCACCUCAGUGUUGAUAACUAUACCAUCCAUCUUCUGUGUCCUCUACCUCCUGGUGUUCCAGAAGGUCUGUCUUCGAAUUGAAUACAUUUGGUGCUCACUCAUGCUGGCUAUACAGCUAGUUGAGUUCUGGUUUGCAUCUGUAUUUAUUGCUACAAUGUGCAAGGGGCCUUCUUAUGACUAAUUAUGCCAACAAGUAAUUCUUGCAUUAAACCGUUUCUGUAGCAAUUUCAUAUUCAAAAACAAACUUAAACAGAACUUAAAAUAUCCUAAUUCGUUGGGAAAGCAAUUACAAGUUGUAUCAUCAUGUACUAUUUAUGAGGUGCUUUUCGGAGCUUGUUUGAAAAAGUGUAUAUUACAUAGGUAAGCAAAUUACUUAUAAAAUAAUUAAAAACCACUACACAUAAAGAUUCCCCUGAGAAGAACAAGCAUCAAACUGUAGGGAUUGCUCUUUGUAAAUAGACAAUUGUACACUUUUAUUAUUUACAAUAUUAUUCACAAAUGUCAUAGUACGAAAUAACCUGAAUUGAAUCUUGUAGUUACGUAUUAUUAAUGACUUUCUAAAAUAGCGGGCUAUCCCGAAAACGCCUGAUUGAGAGGGAUCUUUAUGUAAAAAAACUGAGGCGUAUUGAGCAUGCAAAACCAAUGAAACCUAUACACCCGCUCAAUUUUGUAACAUGGUUAUUUUAAGCAAUGUGUUCAGGGUUUUGUUCACAAUGAAAUUUAGCACAUUCUGAAUAAAUAUUUCAACUUAUCCGAAGAGCAGAGUCCGAUGUGAUUAUAUAGCGAAAAGAGAA